AUGGAUAUUCUCGGUAAUUUUGAUUUCAAUGUUGUCGUUUUCUUUGGUUUUUGGCUAUUUUUUUCGUAGUUGAUUAGCAAUUCCAGAAUUUUAAUAAAAUUGCGAAAUGUUUCGAAAUCCCCUGUUUUCGCUAGCUUUCGGUGAAAAUAUCCUUUUGCUUUGAAAUGUUUCGUCAAUUUGUUGCCAGUAUGCACACAAAUAGUAACCCUUGAACGCAAUUGCGUCAUAUUCCUAAUUCACCUUCACCUCACAUCCCGUGAACUAUUGAUUUUCUGCGCGCAACGGCAUUGUGCGCACGCGAUCGGAAGGUGCAGAUGGAAGCAUAGAUAGUCGCGCAGGUCCGCCAUAAAUACCCUAAUGCAUUCAUUUGUCGUUUCGCAUAUCGCUCAUCCAAUUCCCUCUCCUAACCCCUCUUAAACGUUUUAUAUUUCAGCAUUGAUCAGUAUGUCGCAUUCGAACAAAUUGAUCACGGAGAAGGAUGGUUUCAAGUAUGGCAGAAUGAUUCACCCCUGGCUCUUCAGAAAGACAGAAGUAAGUUGAUUUUUAACAGGAAAUGGAGAAAUAUCGAUUUAUCUUCAGCUUAUCAACGACACACCAAGUCGGCGAGACGGUCUGAGCUAUGAAGAGGAGCUUACCAAUCGACAGAGAGGAGGAGUGUUCAUUCACGAAAUGGUCAUGCAGCUCACACAUGGGAAAGGAGAGCAGUGAGUGGAACGGGAGGGCAUUUGGGGAGCGGCAACGGGCGGGCUAAAAGGCAUAGGAAGUGAGCAGAAGCACUUUCGAGGUCUCGGGUGGCGACUUUUUAGUUGAAAAGUCACUUUUAUCCGCCUUGAACCGUUUCCCUCCGCCAAAUCUCCAUCAUAUAUGGUUCCACCCUCAUCGAGCACUGCGAUAAUAUUCCAGCGGACUGAGUGGUGUGGCGGCAACACUCUUCAACCGAUUCUUCAAGUUUCACUCGUUCAAACGAUGCGAUUACCGUGACGUGGCGGCGGCGUGUGUCUUCCUGGCCGGCAAGAAUGAGGAUUCGCCAAAGAAGUUGAAGUACGUCGUGAAUCAACUGUGGCAAGCCAAGUUCCCGCACAACAAGCAGUUUCCAUCGGAACAACACUUCAUGGAUCUGUGUCAAGUCGUCACCUUUCUCGAGGAGAUUGUUCUCAGGACGAUAUGUAAGUUUUACGAUCUUCAAACAGUUCUCAAAAACGGUUAAUUUUUUCAGCGUUCGACGUCAACAUUGAUCUACCACAUCAGUACAUUCUGAAACUGAUGUCAACGAUCGAGAAAGGCCGCAACGUGUAUAAAGACAUGGUCAAAACCGCUUACUACAUGGCCACCGACUUGCUCACCGUCACGGACUGGAGCAUCCGCUACUCGUGCGCUUCCAUCGCAACGGCCUGUGUCAACAUCGCCGCGUUCUUCCACGAUGUGAACAUCGAUUCGAUCUGCCCGCAAGAACACAAAAGCACGUGGUACCGAUUUCAGGACAGUUGGCUCACUAAAAGCGAACUGGAAUCAAUGACACGUGAAUUCAUCGAUCUCUACUCGCGUAACCCCCAGCUGCACAUCGGAAGUUUGAAGAAGAUCGACCCGAACGGAAAGGUAAAGAUCGUGCACCGAUCGCCGACUCAGCAACAUAACCACGUCUCGUCCUCGUCGUCGUCGUCAAACUUGAAGAAGCUCGACAUGGAGGCGUACAAGGAACGCCAACGAGGAGUCGCCGUCACUUCGACGGAUUCGCCGCGUCAGAGCUUCCUGCCGGACGUCAAGAAUCAGAAGGUCGUCGAGCAGGGGUUGAUGGAGCAGAGGCUGCAAAGACAGCAGGUGAUGGAUACUGCCCAGAGGAUACAACAGGAGGCCCAGCAGAGGCCUCGAUCGAAUCCCUCGUCCGGUCAUCCUCAUCAGAAUCACCGCCACCAUCACAGUCAGCAGUCGCACCAUCAUCAGCAUCAGAAGCCGGAGGCACCGCGAGUAGCUGUCAAGCGGACGAUGGGCGAGCAGCACGAAGAUCUCAAUGGGUAAGUUGUCUUUUUUGAAUCUCACAAUUGGAAGCAAUUCUUUGCUAGCUACAGAACGAAGAAGACUCGGUUGGACUACCAGAUGAACUUCGUCGCUGCCUCAUCCACGAUCCCGAACGGCCACCACCACCAGAACCAGCAUCAGUACAUUGUGCAUCAGGAGACCAUGAACGGAACCACUUCCUUGCCGCCUCCGCCUCCGCCACCGCCACUCAUGAAGACCUUCGUGCCGGCGCCUCCGCAUAUGCUUCAAACGUUGAAUCAGCCGCCGUCUGCCUACCAGCAGAUGUGCAUGGAUCUCGAGGCGAAGCGGUAAGGGUCUUUUUCCAUUCCCAGGCAGCUGAGCAUUUAUAUUUUUGUUCUGAAGUAGUCUCUUCAAUGUUUAUCAGUUUCCAGACGACCACCCUCUUCGGAUUCUCACGUGCAGCCUCAUCACAUCUCGCCGCCCGAUGAGUCGUCGCCGCCAGUGACUCUCCAAUCGGCGACGAUGAUCCUUCCGCCGCCACCUCCGCCACCAGUGCUUCCACCAGUUGUACGACAUUAUGCGGACGAAAUGGAGGACGGAGAACUUCGAUAA